AUGUCAGACUACGAUCUCUACAUGACACUCCACGUUGCUCCCAGCGCAUCUCUCGCGGAGAUAAAACAUGCGUAUCGUCAGUUACUACUAGCCCACCACCUCGACAAUAAUUACGACGAUCUAGAGGCCACUAAGAAGUUCCAGGAGAUUAUCCUUGCAUACGAGACACUAUCCAAUACACUCAGGCGCGCCAAAUACGACGAAACAUUCUACAGUACAGUAGAGCCCCACAUAGAAAACAGGAAGUCCAAUAACCGCCGCAAUAAGGGGUCCAGAGCACGGGUUACUGUUACGGCUUCGCGUGAGGCAAGAUGUGAUACGUCUGCAAAGGCAAAAUUUCACGCAAAAAUCAAAACUCAUUGCAAAACACGGAGUGCUGCGACUAUCAAGGAAAAGUCGAAAUAG